AAUGCUGAAGGGGCAGAGCCUGGAGAGAGGAGAGGUGGAAAGUUGCAACUUCAGUGCAAUAUAGACCACAUGCUAUGGGAAGGAAUGCACGUGUAGGAGAGUGAAAGAGCAAAGCAAGAGAGGAGGAGGAGGAGGAAGAGGAGGAGGAAAGAAGCGAGGAGGGAGGGAUCUAAGUUAAAUCCUGCAGCGUGGCUCUGUGUCUGAAUGAAAGAAGCCUUCUCUCCCACUCCGUCCUGCUGUCCCUAUGUAUGCGACUCCCGUCUGCUGCAGCCAGUGCGCACAUGUCCAGAGCAAACACAGCCAGAUUCCACAAGUGACUUCAAGCUGGAAGUAAAUAUUUUUGCAGAAACGCCGGGCUGAAGGGGAGACUUUCCUCGCUGCUGAUUUGCUUUGAGGAUUUCUAAGCAUCCAUUAAAUAACUUUUUGUAAAUGGGAUGGACGUUUGUUUCAGUCACCGGAAGACGUGGACACUUUUUCAAGAAACCCCGUUGUGAUGCACAGAUGCUUUUGCCGAUACUACUACAGUAACAAGGGCCGAGUCUCUCCACGUCAUCGGGGCUUCGGGUCAUUGGUUCUGCCAGCCUCCACACACCACCCGGAGAGAGCUGCACUGCAGAUCCAAUCGCCAACCAAAAGAAUUCACUGGACCUGCUCGAUCUCACAAAACCUCAUUUGCACACAUCACAGGGGCAGCCUGCCAAAAUAAUACGAUGUCUAGGUUUUGAGUGCUUUGCCAACUUGCUGGCAGGUGUCAGUGUGUUUGAUACACAUUCAUUCUCCUACACACACAUGCACACACACACGGUUGCCUAAGACUGCAGAGAACGUGCCGGACAUCUACUGAAGGACAACCGAGACUCUAAACUCUCCAAAAAGCUAUCGUUGUUGGGCAGAUGUUGUGAGAGAUGUCCCAUUUGAAUUCCUCUUCUCACACAACACGGUGAAAUAUCACACCCAGGCUGCUUUGAGCCGAUUGACAGACAGCUCAUUCGCAUCAUGACCCUACUGACCCGUUAUCUUCAGCGCGUCCUUGCGCUUCACCUCCUCGUCCUGCUGCUGCUCCUGCAGGCCUGGCGGGGGUGCUGUCACCCCCAGUGUUUGGACUACAAGCCGCCGUUUGAGCCCCGCAAGCCGCUGGCUUUCUGUAAGGAAUACUCCAAGUUCGGAUGCUGUGAUCUGGAAAAGGAUGAGGAGAUAUCGGUCAAGUUCUACGCCAUCAUGGACCACUUUGACCAUUCAGGUUAUAUGACCUGCGCCCGGUACAUACGCAGCAUCCUCUGCCAGGAGUGUUCUCCGUACGCUGCCCACCUGUACGAUGCCGAAGACGCAAACACACCCAUGCGCACGGUGCCCGGACUGUGCGGUGAUUACUGCUCCGAAUACUGGCAGCAGUGUCGCUACACGCUCAGCCUCCUCUUGGAGGACUCGGGGAGUCCGGAGCAGUUCGCGAACCUCACUGCAGCCAUAGAAGAAGAUCGUGCCAUGUUCUGCAAUUUUCUGGAGCUGAAGGACAAACAGUACUGCUAUCCUAACGUGUUGACAAAUGCAGCACUGAAUGCCAACCUGGGCUUGGUGAGUGAGGAUCCCAAAGGGUGCCUGGAGCUGUGCUUGCAGGAGGUGGCCAACGGGCUCCGUAACCCGGUGGCCAUGAUCCACGCAAACGACGGCACGCAUCGCUUCUUUGUGGCGGAGCAGCUGGGCUACGUGUGGGUCUACCUGGCCAACGGCUCACGGAUCGACCGCCCGUUCCUCAACCUCACCCGGGCCGUCCUCACGUCGCCGUGGGCCGGAGACGAGAGGGGGUUCCUCUGCAUAGCCCUGCACCCGAGGAUCGCCGCGGUGAGAAAAGCCUACGUGUACUACUCUGUGUCUGUCAAGAAGGAGGAGAGGAUACGGAUCAGCGAGUUCACACUGCUAACACAUGAUGACAACCAACUGGACCACUCGUCUGAGAGGACCAUUCUUGAGGUUGCAGAGCCGGCGUCCAAUCACAAUGGAGGACAGCUUCUGUUCGGCCAUGACGGGUACUUGUACAUCUUCAUUGGGGAUGGUGGCCGAGCGGGGGACCCAUUUGGAAAGUUUGGCAACUCACAGAACAAGUCGACGCUCCUCGGCAAGGUGCUGCGCAUCGAUGUUGACGACAACGACGACGGCGCCCCGUACAGCCUCCCCGCAGACAACCCGUUCCUGAGCGAGAGGGAGGCUCGGCCGGAGAUCUACGCCUACGGAGUUCGAAACAUGUGGCGGUGCUCCGUAGACCGAGGUGACCCCGCCACAGGCCGAGGCGAAGGCAGGAUGUUUUGUGGUGACGUCGGCCAGAACAAAUAUGAAGAGGUGGACCUCAUUGUUAAAGGAGGCAACUAUGGAUGGAGGGCCAAAGAAGGCUUCAGCUGCUACGAUCGCAAACUCUGUCAAAACUCCUCGCUGGACGACGUCUUGCCCAUAUUUGCUUACCCCCACAAGCUGGGCAAAUCAGUGACAGGAGGAUACAUCUACAGAGGCUGUCAGAUGCCCAACCUCAAUGGACUCUACAUCUUCGGGGAUUUCAUGAGCGGGCGUCUGAUGUCUCUGAAGGAGAACGUCACUACGGGGGAAUGGCAGUACAACGAGAUCUGCAUGGGAAGAGGACAGACCUGCAGGUUCCCCAAACUCAUUGACAGUUACUUCAAAUACAUCAUCUCUUUUGCUGAGGAUGAAGCCGGGGAGCUGUACUUCUUAGCCACCGGAUCCCCGAGUGCCACAGCGAGGGCCGGAGUCAUCUAUAAGAUAGUGGACCCUUCCAGGCGAGCAGCACCAGGAAAAUGCAGCAUCAAGCCUUUGCCUGUCAAGAUAAAGGGAAAACUGAUUCACUUCAACCCCAAAGAAGAGUUUGUAAUCAACAAGAAACCAACCACAACACCCGUACCCACGACAACCACAAGAAAACCAACAACAAAAACAACACCAAGGAGAAAAUCACCCAUAAUAAUAAUAAAACCACCUAUGCCAACAAGAAAAACAGUAAGACAGAUGCCACAACCACAUACAGUAGCAACAACAGCAAGAACAACAACAUUACAGACCACGAGAAAAACAACAAUGAGAAAAACUUCAACAAAAACGACCUCAGCAACAUCAACACAACCCGCAGCCGUCCAGAUGACCAUGGCAACAACCCCCGCCACGACCUCAGCCACUGGUAGGCCUACUGGUGCACCCGUUUACCGAGCCAGCUCCACUGAUUAUUCACCCACUAGCUCCCCUGUUUGCCCGAUGACUAAGUCCAGCGGCAGCACUAACAUUGAAGCCACCAGUAUGCUGGUGCACACCUCGCUGCAGGGAGACGCAACCAGCGUCAAACCAGGUCAUCGCACAACCGGCAUGACUGCAGCCGCCUCUAGGAUCGCUCAAUUCCCAACCGGGAGACCCUGGAAACCCCUUCAGCACACCCAUUUGUUGACCACCUCCCAACCUCUGACCUCCCCCCCACCACCGCCACCACCUCCUCCUCCUCCUCCUGCACACACCACGGCUCUUAAGCCCCCCGGCUCGGACCCGACCUCCGCCCACAAACCACGGGAGGACGGGCCGCGGCUCGGGGCGAAGCUGGAAAGCGCUGGGGAGGGCAACCGAGUACACAAGAGGCCUCGAGGAAGGGGCGGCGGCCACAGGAGGGGGAAAAAAGGGCCGCGGGCCGGCUCGGUGCGACUGGUGAGCGCCGACGGCCUUUCCAAUCGAGGGAGAGUGGAGAUAUUCGUCCGCGGCGAGUGGGGGACGGUGUGCGACGACCUGUUCACCAGCAAAGCCGGCGGCGUGGUGUGCCGCCAGCUCGGCUUCGCGGGCGCGCUGGCGGUGAUGAAGAGGGCCGCGCUGGGCGAGGCCGACCGCAGCGUCGGGAUCCUGCUGGAUGACGUGCAGUGUGAGGGCGGCGAGAGGUCGCUGCUGGAGUGCAAGAGGUCCCGGGUGGGGAAACACAACUGCUCCCACGGGGAGGAUGUCGGGGUGAUCUGCGCUUAGCGGGGGGGUGGGGGGGGGAUCGGAUGCACGUCACACACACACACAAAAAGUGACAGGAUGGAGAAAGCAAAAUGUGAAGAUGGUAUAAAAAGUUAUUAAAGAAUACUCGUUAAUGUUGGUGAUGUCAGUUUGCUGACUUUUCUAUGAUUGUAUUUUCUAAUAUUACCUAGAUUUCCGGCUCACAGUCAAAUGCAAAGAAUAACGCCAUAUAGUUCAACUUGAAAUACAUUCUGUGUUUGCAUUUAUUACUCAUUCAAGAGGAGCAUUGAGCUUUAGAGUUUCUCAGUCCACUGUUUUGAGAGAGAAGAAUCUACAAGAUGGGACUGAACAGUACAUCCAGAGUGAUUCAGAGGAGGAAAAUGGUUGAAAAAGAUAAAAACAGAACCUAAAACCAAUCACAGUGAAAAUGUAAAGCUCCACAUCACAUGGCGAUUGAGGCAGAAUUACAAUCAGCAUGUGUAAAUGUUCAGUAGCUUGCGUAUUAUAAGGCUAGUUUAGUGAAUGAUCUCUUCACUACAUCUCUGGGUUUCAAGUAGGCUGUGACUGUAAAACACAAUGUUUAACCACAACUAGUUUGAAAUCCACUUAAAAAAGUCUUAAAAUAGAAGAGAUCAUUUCCAAUUACCCAAGAGUCUUUGACGAGGAGGAUGCAGUAAUACUCGCACCGUGGCCAGAACCGGCCUUUUCUAUGAUACGGGGCAAAAACACAAUACUACUAGAUCAAAUCAACCCAUAAACCAUUAUGUUGGAUUCCACUCCCUAGCAGGAAGUCUGAAAAAGGCCGACCUCGAGGCUUCCAACUGGCUUUCCACGAACUCUGGGCGAGACAAUCUCAUCACCUUAUCCACCAAAUGAUUACAGUUAUACUUUAUAAUAAAAAACCUGGUUCCAUCACAAUUCAUUACAGUUAUACUUUGGGGAACCUUAUUGAUGCCUUUGGAAGGUGUUUAUCGUCUAAUUAAAGUUAAUCGUAGUGCUUGGACUUUGAUCUGUUGAAAAAUACAAAUGUUUCAUUAUUUUUAGCGAAUGUUGAAGUUCAUUUGAAAUAAUGGUUAGUGCACAGUUUCAGUUUGUCACCACGAUUCGAGCAAAGGAAGCACAAUACAUUACAUAUGUGUAAUAAGUGUACCUAAUAAUUAAAUGUUUGUGGUUUUAUAGGAUUAACACUUUAGUUUUAAUACCUUAUAUUUUUAUAUAUGAAGCUCAAAUGCUCAAAGAGUGACUGAGUGAGUGAUGGAGAAACUUUAAUCAUAUUGUUGCUUUCUGCUGUCUUUUUAUACUCUCUAGACAACCAUGAGGCAAUAAUGAAGUGUGUUCUGGGAAGACAUUUGUAUUUUUUUAUUGUAGAAUUUCAGAGGUUCUAUUUUCUAAAACAUCUUUUUCAAUCAAGCAUUUGUGUUUUAUGAUUUUUAUAGAAUUUUUUUUUUUAAGAAGUAAAUGCUGGACAUUCUUUAAGAUGAAUAUAAUUAAAUGUUUCCACUAUUAAGUGCACUUUUGAGUGUCUGGGAUAUCAA